AUGUCCACGACCGCGUGCCCCAUCGUCAUCAAGGUGCCGGUGCACACCGGCUACCGCCGCGCAACGCUCCCUUCCGUCGCAGCGCGCCUCCAGGCUCGCGAGAAGCCGGAGCGCAAGGCCGUCACCGAGGAGGACCGCGUGGCGGCGUUCAUCGCGUUUCGCACGGCCCGGAUACCCCCGCUCUCCGACGCGACGCACGUCCCGUCUCACGGCAAUCUGACCCAAACUUUUGACUUUGACCCGCAGAAGGACGCGAGGCGCGAACUCCUCGUCGCUGCCGCGCAGGCGCGCAAGGCCGCGACCGCCGCCCUCCACAACAAGCGCGUCAACGAACAGCGAUCCUCAGCGAUUCGCAUGAAGACCACCAUCGAGCACUACACUCGCUCCACCAUCAACCGCCGGCUCAAGGAGGCUGAGGCCCUUCGCGAGUCCAGGCUCAGGGCCAAGGCGAUCAAGGCGAAGGCUUUCAUCGACCGCGUCGAUCACGUCGCCGAGAGGAACGACGCCCGCAAGGCUGAGCUCCAGGCGCAGUACGAGCGUAAGCUCGAGGCUGCGGCGCAGAAGCGCGAGCGUCGACUCGCCAACCGCCAGUUCGCCGCCGCGGACGCCACCGCGAGGGCCAAGUCGAUUGCGCUGGAAAGAUCGCGCGAGUCGGAGACGAUUGCGAGGCGACUCUCCGAUCGCAUCUUUGGAGCCGCGCACCGCCGCGACGCGCAGCUGGACAUCGUCGCGUCCAAGGCGGCCUUCUUUAACGAGCGCGCCGUGCGCGUCGCGGAGCACAAGCGCGCGGCGAGGGUUCUCGACGCGCGCGUCAUCGCCGCCGGGAUUCAGUCGAAGCAAGCCGCCGCCGACUACCUCCGCAGCCUCGACCUUCGGCUCCGCCAGCAGCGCGCGGCGCUCACGAACGAGCGCGCCGCGAUCGUCGUCGAGCGUCAGAGGCUCUCGCAGCACAUCCAGCCCAUGGUGGCUGGCGCCAAGCUCAGAGCCGAGCAGUUCAUGGCCUCUGAGCGCAGAUCCGAGGUUAUCUUUGACAUUCAGAACAGGGCGCACAAGUUUAUUCGCCGAGCCGUCGUCACCUGCGCCAACAACGAGGUUCAGAACCGCAGGCUCUCCGAAUACAAGCGCGCCAACCUCGAGGAGCGCCUCGCCGCCGCGGAGCGCCGCAAGGGGGAGCUCCUGCUCUGCGGCGUCUCCAUGGCUGGCGGCGGGCCCUCGCCCACGCGGCACCCCGGAGCGGCGGGGUUCAAAAGGGUCUCCUCACCCGCCCUGUCCGAAUCGAUGUCGCUCGCGCUGCGAAUCGACGGCUUCGCGCUCACGCCGCCGCAGGGCGCACCCGCGCGCCGCCCGGCGUCCGCCAUCGGCGUCAUGAACACCGCCCACGCCGUCCACGCCAUCGCCCCCCGCCCCGACCGACCAGUCACCGCGCGAGGUUUGAACCGGUUAACCACCCGCGCGGCGCACGAUUCCGUCACGUCGGAGGAGUCCGCCAAAUCAUCGGAUGACGAUUCAUACGACGACGGCGUCAUCGUCUUUCAGACGCCCGAGCAGCAAACCUCCAGGCCGUCCACGCGAGGAUCGUCGAGGCACACCGCCAGCGGAGGUGAGAAUGAUUGGACGCACGUGUCGGCGCCCGUCUCCCCCACGGCUUCCUCCGCGUAGACGCGCGGAUGAUGCCCGUCUCGGGGACGAAAAGAACGAAUGACGAGAGGAGAGAGAGGCGCGUUUGUGCAUAGCCUCGCGCGGCGAGCAUUCACCGACGGGCGCGAAACCGCCGCGUGUGUGGAAAGCUUCACUGUGACUCAUCAUGCUCGAAAUUGGAAAUGUGAUGUAGAGUGAUGUGUAUAUCUUCUCAGCUCCGCUGAGGAGAUACCAGCUGUUCACAGAACUGCCUACAUUCCCUCCACAAUUUCGAGCAUGACAUCUCACACGCGGCGGUUGAAAGCGCGACGUAGAUGAGAAGCCUCACAGUGGUAAGAAGUAUCGCAUCUUCCAUCUCCGUGAGAAGACCAUCUCCGUCGCGGCCGUCGGCGGGUGCUCGUUUGCGCAAGAUUUUUAUACGAUUCAAGUUUUCUACACUCUUU